AACUGUAAUAAAAUAUAGCCAUAAAUCAACUAGAGAUAAAAUAAGUUUGACUUUGAAAAUUUAAAUUCAAUUCCGUUUCAACCUUGGCUCUGUUGAGUAUCAAAUUUGUGCAAAAAUUCCCAACCUAGUCUAAAAUAUAUAUAACCUUCACCCAAAAAAAUCAACUAGCUUUAGAUAAGCACAAAGUCACUAAUAGUUAACUUUCGCCAUUUAUGUUCAAUUUUAUUCUGAACUCGAAGCUGUAAAGUCUUAGAAAAGUCGAAAAUUCCCAAAAAAUUUUAAAAAAUCUCAAGUUUUUCUCAUAUCAAAAUUCCUGACCUAGUCGAAACCCCCAUCAUACAAUUACAAUAAUUCUUUUGACUUUCACCAUAUAAAAAAUCAAUUACAUUUCAUUCCAGUAGAAAUCCUAAAAAAAUCUCUUUAAAAUCGCCCCUACAAAAUUCCUUUCCCAUCAGUAGGUCGAGUGAGGUCAUGAUUAGGGUCGUAGUUCAAGACGAAAAUAACCUCCAACUCUUGGCAGUCACUUAUCGAAGCGAAGUCGUCCCUGCGAAUUGGUGGCGGAGGAGGGUUCACAUCCAAUUUAACAGAUUCUACAGACCUUGGAGGGCCCUCGUCAAGGGGGGAAAACCACCGCCACGAUCACCCUCAAAACAUAAUAAUAGCGGGCACGCCUCACCAAACAAGAGACCAGCCCCGCUGCCCCCGCAAAAAAAUAAACACGCGAACAGCGUCCCUUCGAAUAAAAAUCUACACAUAUAAAAAAUCGCUUUCUCUGGGAUUUUCAGUUCCCGAAAAUUCAUACCGUCAUCAUUUUUUGGUUAUUUUUAUACCCUCCCCCGCAGAAAGAUACCAUUAAAAAAGGAAGGAAGGCAUCAUAUACAAUUCCCUUCAGUAAAUAAUCGGGGGCUUUAUUAGCUUAGGAAAUUUUACUCGCCUUUUACCAUAUUUUUAGGCAAAAGGUACACAUUUUGUACAUAGCUCAUAUUUUGUGACGUGCUUUUCGUGACAGAUAUUUAUCGUGUAGUUCUACAUGCAGGAGUCCAUUCAAAACUUGCGACCUUCAUUUAUUCCCGAAACGAACCGCAAGUUGCAGAAUAAUAAAUUCAAACUGUGCAAAAAUUGAUUGAAUAGUUUUAGCUGGGAAUGUACAGUUAGUCCAAGAACCAACCAAACAACGAAGCAGGCAGCUUAUCGAUCCGAUAUUCCAAUAUUCCAGUCCAGCAGUCCUAGCGUUAUUAUUUUAUAUCCAAAAAGUAAACUAAGGUAACACGCAAACUUGACUCGAUUCUUCGCCUUCUUUGUCAGGCGUUGUUCCGCUGGCGUUAGUUUACGUGGUGAAAGUCGGGUUAAGAAAGCUUUCGGGUGGGGGAAAACCGGGUAACAUUGGCAAUAUUGCCAGACCUUUGGAUGGUUCGGCUGGUGUCUUCUUAUUCUGGUGGCAGGGGAAGGAAUUAAGCAACGUAGCGUAUUAUAUUAUUACUGAAUUAGUCGGUUCUGCAGGUUGUGGUUGGUUUGGUGGACUACUUUCUUUUUGUCCACCUUGAGACUAAUUUCGACUCAAGGAGAAAGUCGGGAAGGAAAUUUGUCUAGCCGAGGCUCCUCCAAAACGAUGGAGCGGUACGAGCGCCUCGCAAAAAUAGGGGAGGGCUCGUACGGGGUGGUGUUCAAGUGUCGCAAUCGCGAAACCGGAAGUUUAGUCGCCAUCAAGAAGUUCGUCGAAUCCGAGGAGGAUCCCCUCAUCAGGAAAAUUGCGAUGCGUGAAAUCCGCAUGCUAAAAAAUCUGAAGCACCCCAACCUCAUAAAUCUGAUCGAAGUUUUUCGCCGGAAAAAGAGGCUGCACCUCGUUUUCGAAUACUGCGACCACACCGUGCUCAACGAGCUGGAAAAAUACCCACGUGGCGUUCCUGAACCUGGCAUUAAGAAAAUUAUUUGGCAAACGUUACAAGCCUUGGCGUACGUCCAUCAUAAAAAUACGAUACACAGAGACGUCAAACCGGAAAAUAUUCUUCUCACGAAGGAUGGCGUUGUCAAAUUGUGCGAUUUUGGUUUCGCCCGUCUCAUGAGUCCUGGGGAGAAUUAUACCGAUUAUGUCGCCACGCGGUGGUACCGCGCCCCAGAACUGCUCGUUGGCGACACCUCGUACGGCACUCCGGUCGACGUCUGGGCUGUCGGGUGCGUAUUCGCCGAGCUGAUAAAAGGCGAGGCCCUCUGGCCUGGAAAAUCCGACGUGGACCAGCUCUAUCUCAUCCGCCGCACCGUUGGCGACUUGAUCCACCGCCACAUGCAGAUAUUCCGCACGAACGAGUUCUUCGCCGGCGUCACGCUCCCCAUGCCGGACACUCGGGAACCCUUGGAGGCCAAACUGCUCCCCAAAUCCUCCUCCCCGACGUCCUCCAGCGCCGCCACGUUUAAGGACCAGCUCGACUUCCUCACCCGCUGUCUCGACAAGGAUCCCGCCAAACGACAAACUUGCGACCAACUCUUACGCCACGCAUAUUUCGCCGGCUUCUCUUUCCGCCUCCCGACCUCCGACAUGGAAGACUUUGAGCGCAUCAGGCGCUCCACGGCGACCAGUUCGAGUCUCUUUCCCUCCCUGCCGACGGGCGGAGGAGGGGGAGGAGCCACGCCGCCGGAAAUGUCCACCGCCACGGCGACAACUAUGGCGAAUAAUAAGUAUAAUAACAAUGGAAAUGGUGGGGGUAUGUUGAGAUCGUCUUUCGACCAUCUGCCUACCAUCUGACCCUACCAACCACCCCCGCCACCCCCGGUGAGCAAAAUGCUGCAGAAAAAUUUCCAAUUUAAAAUCCCAGCGGCCAGACCGACCUCACUUUUUUACUCGAUGUAUUCCUAUAAUAAUAAAUAAGAAUGUUUGGUUGUGUGGGUGGAAAUGUGCGGAAAUGAAAGCGGAAGUGGGCCGAGGUAGGAGGGGGAGGGGUUUGAAGGGUCACGUGUUUCGGAACAAAGAAAGUGUGUAAAGCUUUGUUGGAAUAAAGAUAAAAUUGUUUUUUUUUAAUUUCAAAAUUUUGUUAUGAUUUUCUUUUUCAGUUUGUGAAUAAAAGAUUGAAGUUAUAUGAGUACCUG